AUGCAUAUCCCUUAUAAUGAUAUGCACAAUACAGAAGUAUUCAUACUUAAUACUAAGUUUUCCAGUUAAGUGAGUUUGCAUCAAGGUCUUAAGAACAGCACCAUGAGUCCAGAGAAAUGACUACGGUACAUUUCGUCCCUAACGUACUACUCUAAAGUCAUAAAAACAGUUAAACAGGAAGAAGCAGGCAUUGCCUUAAUUAUUCAGACUAUUGUUUCAAAAGAAAGGAAAAAAAACAAUCACCAGACAUAACUGUUACAGGAAUUACAGCAGUGGUCGAGUGCAUGGAAUUCUAGAGAGGAAGGGGCAGCAUUUUCGGACUCAUUUCUCGAUAUAUAACUCUGAGGACUAUAUGUUACUGUCUCUGGAUCUGUACAUUUGUUCCAGAAUAACUCUGCCGAAUUACAUCAUAGAUCACUUUUCUUGGGACCACACUGGACAGAAUAACCUAACGCCAGUAAUGCCACUUUCAGGUUUUAAGAAGGAAUUACUAAGGGUACUUUUGUACCUGUCUUGUUGCACUCUGCAUUACGCUGUUGGUCAGGAUAACCUUCUUGUGUUUGAACCAAAAGUCCCAGUUGUGAAGUAUGGAGAGCCACUGACAUUAGUGUGCAAAACGAGCUGCACCAAUAUUACAUUACUGGCAUGGGAAACCUCACUUGAUAGUAAUAAAACUACAGAGAAAAACAAGACUACGCUGCAUAUUUACAAUGUUACACAGUUUAACAAAGCUCCAAGGUGUGUUAUCAACUGUAAUGUAAAUACCGAACCAAUCCAACAAAGUCCGAAAAUUGAAAUCUUUGUUUACAAACUUUCAGCUCCAGUACUUACAAUGAAAUCAAAAGCAUUUGCUGGUGACAAUGUCUUGAUUACUUGCAAAGUAUCAGAUUCACAGCCAUCUGUCACCUUAAGACUAAAAAGCGGGAAUAAAGUUCAUGACAAGAAAGAAAACAUUACCAGUGGUAUAAUUGAACAUACAUUUAUCGCUAGCAGUAAGCAUAAUGGAAUGAAGUUUACCUGUGAAGCUGAGAUGAAAGUGCCAGGAAACACCAUAACAGAGUUGAACAGCACCAUCUUUAAUGUUUUCUAUGCCCCUAUCACAGAAGUUCAUGUGCAUCCUGAAAAUAUCAGUCAAGGAGAUAAUGUCACCAUAGACUGCACAGCUGACAGUAAUCCUCCUGCCAUCUAUAACUGGACCUACCCACUGUGCCCUAAUGCACAUAUUUUCGAAAAUAGUUCAGGGAUCCAAAUUAGUAAAAUUGACUCCACUAAUAAUGGAAACUACACAUGCAGAGUGAGCAAUCAGCAUGGUGAAGCAAUAUGUGUAAAAGAGAUUCAGCUUCAGGAUGAAGAGAAAGGUAGGGGAGGUACAAAUGUAGCAGUGAUCAUGGUGGUGGUGGCCCUGGUGAUUGUUGUUGCUGCUAUUCUUUCUGUUGCAUACUGUAAAAAAAGGACUUGAAAUGUCAAAGUGAAUGAAACUCAGCUACAAAGAGACAUACAGGCCAGUUUCUCAACAGACUUCAUUUAACUCCUAUAAGAAAACAAGACUUUUCUAUCUGUGACCUGUUACAACUUCUUUACAGCAAGAACUGUCAAAACAACCCUUCUUUUCAUAUAUUACAAUACAAGCUAAGAAUAUAAAAAACUCAAACCAGUAUCCUGAAUGCAAUAAACUACAAAUAGAUGAAACUUAA